AUGACAGCGUAUGCAUGUGGUAAAGUCACCAUCAAAGGAAAGAGGCACUGGUACAAGGCCCUGGAGGAUUCUGCCUUUGUGGCGCUUGGUGAAGACACAGCCUGGAUCAUCCGAACCAGCGGAGACCUCUACCUGCAGACAGGUGAGCUACUGGUGACUAUUCAGUACUGUGUGUCCUUUUACUAUCUAUGGAGUAUAGAUGUACAGACCUGACUAGAUUUAACACAUUAAGACAAAUUCAUGUCAAAGAAAAGUUGCUUACCAGAUUUUGAUGGCAAAUUAUUUGAAUGUAUCUUAAAUCAAAUCAAAUCAAAUUUUAUUGGUCACAUGCGCCGAAUACAACAGGUGCAGACAUUACAGUGAAAUGCUUACUUACAGCCCUUAACCAACAGUGCAUUUAUUUUAAACAAAAAAAGUAAAAAUAAAACAACAAAAAAAAGUGUUGAGAAAAAAAAGAGCAGAAGUAAAAUAAAGUGACAGUAGGGAGGCUAUAUAUACAGGGGGGUACCGUUGCAGAGUCAAUGUGCGGGGGCACCGGCUAGUUGAGGUAGUUGAGGUAAUAUGUACAUGUGGGUAGAGUUAAAGUGACUAUGCAUAAAUACUUAACAGAGUAGCAGCAGUGUAAAAAGGAUGGUGUGGGGGGGCAGUGCAAAUAGUCCGGGUAGCCAUGAUUAGCUGUUCAGGAGUCUUAUGGCUUGGGGGUAGAAGCUGUUGAGAAGUCUUUUGGACCUAGACUUGGCACUCCGGUACCGCUUGCCGUGCGGUAGCAGAGAGAACAGUCUAUGACUAGGGUGGCGGAGUCUUUGACAAUUUUGAGGGCCUUCCUCUGACACCGCCUGGUAUAGAGGUCCUGGAUGGCAGGAAGCUUUGCCCCAGUGAUGUACUGGGCCGUACGCACUACCCUCUGUAGUGCCUUGCGGUCGGAGGCCAAGCAGUUGCCAUACCAGGCGGUGAUGCAACCAGUCAGGAUGCUCUCGAUGGUGCAGCUGUAGAAUUUUUUGAGGAUCUGAGGACCCAUGCCAAAUCUUCUUAGUCUCCUGAGGGGGAAUAGGCUUUGUCGUGCCCUCUUCACGACUGUCUUGGUGUGUUUGGACCAUGAUAGUUCGUUGGUGAUGUGGACACCAAGGAACUUGAAGCUCUCAACCUGUUCCACUACAGCCCCGUCGAUGAGAAUGGGGGCGUGCUCAGUCCUCUUUUUUUUCCUGUAGUCCACAAUCAUCUCCUUUGUCUUGGUCACGUUGACCAGCAGGGCAAUACUUAAAUGUAAGUAUUGUUCAUGUACUAUCUGCACUACUGCUUGAUUCACUCUGUUUUAAGCAAGACUUAAUGAUUUCAGCCCCAAGUGGCCUCAGAGUAUUAAGAAUAUUAUAUCACAACCCUGUUUAUUGGCAAAGUCUCAACUCAGCAAAUCAGUUCCUGAGAUUAACCAUUGGCCCUUAGAUGGAGCUGUUCAGGCCCAUAGUAAAUAGUAUCAGUAACCGGAUAAAUCAGCUUAGAGGUAAUCAUAAUUCUGUAUGGAUGCCAAAUUAAGUAUCAAAAUAAUGAAGCCUAGUAAAUCCAAAACAUGCUUUUAGAAAGUAAUAUCUGACACACUGGCUGGCCCUGCCCUGCUGGUCAUGACAAGUAUUAUAUUAUUAUACAACGGGUUGGUCUAAUCCUGGAUGCUGAUUGGUUAAAACCGCAUUCCAGAGCGACUUACAGGAGCAAUGAUCUAGACAUUAUCUCCCAUUUCUUUUAGACUAGCAUUUGAUUUUCGACAGUGGAGAUUUGUAUAAACCUUGCUGUCUGUCUCUCCGACAUUUGCAACAUUGUUUCAGUACUGAAAUUCGAUCUCCAGCUGUCCCAUAGUAAUGAACGUGUCCGACGGGAGUCGGGAUGAGACAGACAGGCAGGUAGCUUUUGUCAGCCAGUCGAAAUCAUGAAUGAGCUGGCAUCAUUUUUAUGUAUAUAUACAAAGAAAUGUCCAUAUGUGGGAACUCCUUCAAAACUGUUGGAAAAGCAUUCCAGGUAAAGCUGGUUGAGAGAAUGCCAAGUGUGUGCAAAGCUGGCAUCAAGGCAAAGGGUGGCUAUUUGAAGAAUCUCAAAUAUAACAUAUAUUUUGAUUUGUUUAACACUAUUUUUUUGGUUACAACAUGAUUCCAUAUGUGGUUUUUCAUAGUUUUGAUGUAUUCACUAUUAUUCUACAAUGUAAAAAAUAGUAACAAUAAAGCAAAACCCUUGAAUGAGUAGGUGUGUCCAAACUUUUGACUGGUGGUGUAUAGGAUAUAUAUACAUGUCAUUUGAAUUAGAUAUGAUUAACUAAGAAACUAAAGGGAGCCAGCUAUACUACUAAUAGUUUAGACUUGGCAUGAUUAACAUUCUGUUUACAUACAGACAUUCCCGGCCCCUCACUCACUCACAAAAACAGCAAACACAACAAAUGCCUUAACUCACAGACCGUAAACCCUGACUGUGUGGUCAUGGUCCUGUCCUGCAGGUUUGAGUGUGGACCGUCCGUGUGUGCAGGCUGCGAAGGUGGCCUGCCCGUGUCGCAUGGCCCAGCUCGCAGCGGGGUGGUGUGGGCCCUCAGCGAACAUAGGGCCGUCUUCUACAGAGAAGGCCUCAGCAGCUACUGCUCUGAGGGGGAAAUGUGGAAGUAUGACAAAAUCAGGUAGGACCUUUGCUGAAAAAGAGAAACCUGUGUGUGUCGUAGGCCCCAUUAACAGUGAUAGUAGAGUUAGCUCUGCUUGGUUGUGAUGUGGUCGUUCCAGUUAAUUGUAAUUCAACAAUGACUCUUUAACCUCUUUUGAAAAGUGGAAGGAAGAUGUGUGUCAUAGAGGCCUAGUAACAGUGAACGUUUAGUUAGUAUGAACGACCAGGGUUCAUAUCCGGAUCUCCAGCACGCCACAAGACUGUGUAAGCCUGCUUCGCUAAAUCCUCCUAGGCAUUAGGGGAGCUAAUGCAAGUCUUCAGGACUCACUCAGGCAAGGUUAGCUAUGCUUUCUUUGCUGAUCAUUACAUAUUUGUGUGUGUGUGUGUGUGUGUGUGUGUGUGUUUUUUCCUCCUCCCAAAGUGAGAGCCAGGGUCUGGAGCCCAUCUGUAUAGCCCUGGGAGAGAGCAACACGGCCUGGGCUCUGGACACCAGCGAAAAUCUGUGGUUCAGGACUGGAGUCACUGCCAGGAAGCCCCAGGGGGACGAUGACCACUGGUGGCAGGUUGGUAUCCUACAGAAUGUGUUCAAUGUUACGCACACCCAUCAUUUCCAUCGGUCCUCUAUCUUGCACUAUGAUUGUUUUUUAAGAACAUGUAUUUUUAAUGUCAAAUUUAGGAUGGUUUGCAUUACAGACUUCACCCUGAGAUGACUGGCACAACUUCUGAUGCUUAUACAUUUCUGGCCUUUUGUUCCCUCGCUCUUCCCCACCAUCCUUACCUCUCCCUCUCUCCCUCCCUACCCCUCUCCCUCCCUCCCUUUCAGUUGAGCAUCACAGACUACGUGGUAGUCUGCCGUUCAGAACAUGACCAAUCCUCGGUGGAGCGGGUGGCAGAGUGCCUCCGCGUGGCCUUCCUGUCCCAGUAG